AUGACAGAGGAAAACAGCACCACAAAGGUCAAGGAUUUUGUAUUUGUAAGUUUCACCAACAAGCCUGUCGUGACGAUCACCCUCUUUUUUGUGUUCCUGAUCUCUUAUGUAGCUACUUUGGUGGGCAAUAUUGGAAUGAUUGCUUUGAUAAGGGCCAGCCCGCAACUCCACACUCCAAUGUACUUCUUUCUGGGCAACCUGUCCUUUAUAGAUUCAGUAUUCUCCUCUGUGGUUGCCUGUAAGUCUUUGGUGAAUCUCCUGGAAGAUAAAAGAUCCAUUUCCUUUAUUGGAUGUGCAAUGCAGAUGUACUUUGUCAUAGGCUUGGGCAGCGCAGAGUGUUUUCUCCUCGCUGCAAUGGCCUAUGACCGGUACGUGGCUAUCUGCAAACCCUUGCUGUAUCCAGUCCUCAUGUCUGCUAGAUCCUGUAUUCUUCUGAUGGCAGGUUCGUAUCUUCUUGGGUUUUUGCAUUCCCUUCUGCAUACUGUUUUCACCUUCAGAUUGUCAUUCUGCCAGUCUAAUCAGAUCAAUCAUGUAUAUUGUGACAUCACGGCCCUUUUAUCUCUCUCCUGUUCUGACACUCGCCUGAAUGAACUCCUGAUUUUUUAUGUGGCUGGACCUGUAGAAGCAACCACCAUGCUGAGUGUCUUUCUUUCAUAUAUGUAUAUUCUUGCCAACAUUGUGAGGAUCAGCUCAGCUUCAGGCAGGCUGAAAGCCUUCUCCACUUGCUCUUCACAUCUGAUUGCAGUUACUAUCUUCCAUGGGGCAAUCCUUAUUUUACAUUUUCGACCAAAGUCAAGCAAUGGAUCACCCAUCCAAGAUAUGAGUGACAAAAUUCUUGCCGUCUUCUACACUAUUAUCAUUCCUUUGCUGAACCCUUUGAUUUACAGCCUGAGAAACAAGGAGGUGAAGGAUGCCUUUAGCAAUAUUUGGAGAAGAGUCUGGGUCAAAAUGAUUAGAUAA